AUCACAGGGCAGUGGAUGAAAGUGUUAUCUACCCACUUCCACAUACAUGAGCUUAGAGACAAUCAAAAUUAUCUAGUGUCACUGUGACUGACAGGGGUAAGAGGGUAUGCCAACCCUCAUAACCAGAGAGCAUGGCCAAUUUUGCUCCCGGCCACAGAUGGUCUCACUGACCAUUUUAAGACGCACCAGAGGAGGGACUGAAGAACAGAACAUUUCACAGCUAACUCAUAGAAAGCAAGCGAGUGUUAGAUAACAAGGUUAGUAAGGAGAGAACCCAACUCAAGCCAUAGCCAUGGCGCUACAGGAGAUACAAAAUAUACUCUCAUUGCAUCCUAGUCCUAGUCAUGUGCACAUGAGGUCCUACAUAUGCAUGAAGCGAAAAGAACAAAGGGAACGAUCGUAAUAUGACAACUGUUUUUAUAUCAAAUACUGUCGUUCAGUUACUUAGUGACUUGGUUUCAAGGUCUCGGCAUACGUGCGCACAAGAAGGUAUCCACGUGAUUCUCACAGCUCCUGGCAGUUAGAAGGGGUAGAAUAUGACUGAUAUUGCAGUGAUAUCGAAGGUUGAAGAUCAGGGUAGCUGAACACGCAGUGCUGACUGAUGCUUCGAGCCCUAAAUGAUGUGUCGUGCAGUAUAAUGUAUUCCAGGAGGUGGCGGUAAUGUUCCUCGGAGGGAGCUGCCAGGAUCAAGAAGAAGCAGGCAAAUGGCGUCAUUAGCAAUCCCCGCCCCCAUUGUGCAUUGGCGCGCACUGCUCGUGGAUGAUUCUCUCCAUCGCCUCGGAGAGACUGCCGGAAAUAUGGCGGGUAUGGGUGCUACAACUCCCGGCACGAUUUCAGUCGCAGGUCCGGUUCAGCAGGGACUUAAGGAGGCCUUAAUUGAAACGCUGACCGCGAUCCUAUCACCGGUUCAAGAAGUGCGCGCCGCCGCAGAGGAGCAAAUUAAAGUUUUGGAGGUGACAGAAGAGUUUGGAGUUCACCUUGCAGAGCUCACUGUCGAUCCCCAGGGGGCACUUGCGAUUCGCCAGCUUGCCUCUGUCAUUCUGAAGCAAUAUGUUGAAACACAUUGGUGUGCCCAGUCAGAGAAGUUCAGGGUGCCAGAAACAACUGAAAGGGCCAAGGCAGUAAUCCGUGAGUUGCUGCCAGGUGGCUUGCGAGAGUCCAUCAGUAAGGUGCGCUCCAGCAUCGCCUAUGCUGUAUCAGCCAUUGCUCACUGGGACUGGCCAGAGGCCUGGCCGCAGCUCUUCUCACUGCUUAUGGAAAUGUUAGUCAGUGGUGAUGUCAAUGCUGUGCAUGGUGCCAUGAGAGUUCUCACAGAGUUCACCAGAGAAGUCACAGACACGCAGAUGCCGCUGGUUGCACCUGUCAUAUUGCCAGAGAUGUAUAAAAUCUUCACCAUGGCAGAGGUCUACAGCAUUCGGACGCGAUCCAGAGCAGUUGAAAUAUUUACAACUUGUGCCAACUUAAUCUCUGCUAUUGAAGUAUUUGAAAAAGGUUCUGCCAAAGCCUUCUUUUUUCCUGUGGUAGAACAGUUCACUGAGGCACUUGUACAAGCUGUGCAGAUGCCGGAUGGACCCACUUCAGACAGUGGUCUUAAGAUGGAGGUCUUGAAGGCAGUGACUGCUCUUGUGAAGAACUUUCCUAAACGCAUGGUGUCUUCCAUGCAACAGAUUCUUCCCAUUGUGUGGAACACACUGACAGAAAGUGCUUCUUUUUAUGUGAGAACAGAGGUCAACUACACAGAAGAAGUGGAUGAUCCUGUUGACUCUGACGAUCUCUGGACCCUCUGUGCAGGAGAAGUCCUUGGCUUUGAGAAUCUGGUCUUCAGUAUCUUUGAAUUUGUACACACAUUGCUGGAUAACAAUAAGUUUAAGAGCACAGUAAGGAAAGCUCUUCCCGAACUCAUCUAUUACAUUAUCCUCUAUAUGCAAAUCACAGAGGAUCAGAUUAAAGUAUGGACAGCCAAUCCGCAGCAGUUUGUUGAGGAUGAAGACGAUGACACCUUUUCAUAUUCUGUUCGAAUAUCUGCUCAAGAUUUAUUGCUGGUCGUAGCAGCAGAGUUCCAGAACGAGAGUGCUGCAGCUUUAGCUGCAGCUGCAACAAGACACCUCCAGGAGGCUGAGCAGGCCAAGAAUGCUGGCAGUGAGCACUGGUGGAAAAUCCAUGAAGCCUGUAUGCUGGCUUUGGGCUCAGUGAAGACCAUCAUCACAGAGAAUUUUAAGAAUGGUCGCAUACAGUUUGACAUGCAUGGUUUUCUUGCCAAUGUGAUCCUUGCUGAUCUCAAUCUAGCAACCUCUCCAUUUCUGCUGGGCCGGGCUCUAUGGGCAGCCAGUCGCUUUACUGCAGCCAUGUCCCCAGAACUCAUCCAGCAGUUCCUGCAGGCGACAGUAAGCGGCCUACAUGAGACCCAGCCACCAUCAGUUCGUAUCUCUGCUGUGCGAGCUAUUUGGGGGUAUUGUGAUCAGCUGAAGUUGUCGGACAGCACGCAUGUUUUGCAGCCCUACCUUCCUAGUAUUUUGGAAGGAUUAGUGCAACUGGCUACUCAGUUCAGUUCAGAGGUCCUUACCUUGGUGAUGGAAACUCUUUGCAUUGUAUGCACAGUGGACCCAGCUUUUACCACUAGUGCUGAGAACAAGAUCUGCCCUCUCACUAUCGCCAUCUUCCUCAAAUACAGCAAUGAUCCUGUUGUGGCAUCCUUGGCCCAGGAUAUUUUUAAGGAGCUGGCUCAGAUUGAGCCCUGCCAGGGCCCUAUGCAGAUGCGCCUCAUCCCCACACUUGUCAGCAUCAUGCAGGCACCACCUGAUAAGAUUCCCUCAGGCCUUUGUGCUACAGCAAUUGAUAUCCUGACCACAGUCGUUCGGAACACUAAGCCACCUCUGUCUGAGAUGCUUGUGUGCCAGGCUUUUCCUGCUGUGGCCCAGUGCACCCUUAGUGCUGAUGACAAUGCAACAAUGCAGAAUGGUGGUGAGUGUUUGCGGGCUUAUGUCUCAGUGGCUCUGGAGCAGGUGGGUCAGUGGCAGGAUGAGCAGGGCCACAGCGGCUUGUGGUAUGUCAUGCAGGUCGUCAGUCAGCUUCUGGACCCACGCACGUCUGAGUUCACUGCCACCUUCGUUGGUCGCCUGGUUUCUACAUUGAUUGCUCGUGCUGGCACACAGCUGGGGGAGCAAUUGGACCAAAUGUUGCGUGCCAUCCUUAGUAAAAUGCAGCAAGCUGAGACUCUCAGCGUCAUGCAGUCUCUGAUCAUGGUGUUUGCCCACCUGGUCCAUUCACAACUAGAGCCUCUAUUGGAGUUUCUGUCCAGUCUGCCAGGGCCGACAGGAAAACCUGCUCUAGAGUUUGUCAUGAUGGAAUGGAUGAGCCGCCAGCAUCUUUUCUAUGGGCAGUACGAAGGCAAAGUCAGUGCUAUAGCUUUGUGCAAACUCCUUCAGCAUGGCAUUAACUCCAAUGACAAGCGCCUGCAAGAUAUAAUAGUCAAAGGGGAGGAAAUCUUUAAUCCUGAUGAAGGCAUUCGCACUCGAUCUAAAUCUGCUAAAAACCCAGAGCGGUGGACUAACAUUCCCUUGCUAGUGAAGAUUUUUAAACUUAUUGUCAAUGAGCUCUCAUCUGUAGUGGAGGCGAACUCACAUCGAGCAAACCCUGCAGACUGGAGUCAAGAUUCAGGAGGAAUGUGGGAAGAUCAGGAGGAAGAGGAGGAGGAGGAGGAGGAUAAUGAAGAAGGUGAAUUAGAAGGGCAACUUCUUUCUGACCUGAUAUCCUCUAACAAAUAUGAUGAUGAUUUUUAUGAGGAUGAUGAUGAAGAUGACCCAGAUGCUUUAAAAGAUCCUAUAUAUCAAAUAGACCUGCAGGCCUAUCUUACAGAUUUCCUGUCUCAGUUUGCCCAGCAGCCAUGUUACAACAUGUUUUUUGGCCAUCUAAAUGACUCUGAGAGAAAGGUUCUGCAGUCCAUUGGAAUUUAAACUGCACCUCUACUCAUCAACUUUAAAAACUGUGCCCUUGUUUACCACUCACUUGUAUGUUUGCAAACUUGACUGGAGUGCCAUUGGAAAGUUUUUUUUAACCUGCACUUGUGAACCCUAAAACCAGUUGAGGGCUUUGUAUUUUUUUCCUCAAAGACAAUGCACAUAUUGACGUCUCCUGUCUACUCAUAUACCUAAGGAGAUGCAGAAGAAAUGCACUGAGGAUCACCCAGGACGCAACCCAUGCUAAAGAACAUAAUACUGUUAAUGCACAAAAUGAUACAGUUAACAAGGCACAAGGAUUUGAAGGGUAUCAGUUAAUUUGUUUGCAAAGGGACUAAUGUCAAGAAUGGUUAAAAAGUAUACUGUCAUCUGUUCUCUCUCAUAUCAAUUCAUGGAGAUUUACAAAUCUUUCUGUAAAGGAAGGCAUAGAUUUUGAUGAACAACAGAUGAACCUGAUAUGGGGAAUGUUGGGAAAAAUUCAUGUGUUUUGUAAUGCACAGAUAUCAUGAUCCUCAUCUUUAUGGCUGUGGAAUGUGGUGGGUGUGAAAGAUUCCACGUGCCAUGGUAAUAAAUAGCCUCUCCUUGCACCCCAUUGAAAUCUGGGAAUAUGUUUAAAAAUAAACCUAUGAAUUUUCCAACUA